UAUUUCUAUAAAAGUUGGCCUCUCGAGUGACACAACUUGUUUGGAGUGCUUCCCAGCGAAAUUUUAGGUUAUAAUAUUGAAGAGGCUUCUAAAAAACUCCAUACCUGUGAGGCUGUGGCUGGAUCCGAUGUUAUGGAAUUAGAAAUCCCUCUAUUAUCAAAGACCUAAUCGAACUAAAAUUUUAGUUUCUAGACAGGUGUGCCCAGAGAACAUUUUAAUAUAUCAUAAUAGACCUAUAUUGCUUGAAUGUCCUCUCAAGGAACAUCUAGGGAUAUUCCUAUGAGAAAUAUUAGAACUUUCAUAUUAUCACUUUGUCAUAUACUAAUGCGACAGUAAGGAAUUCCCUAAUGAAAUUAUUAGUUCAAAUUAGC